UUCACACUAUCACCAAAAAGCCCAUGUCUCGGCAUGAGAACACAGAAGAGCCAGCAGAUGCGGAGUUUCUAAAUCUGAUUCACCACGCAGCACUGGAGCCAACAAAGAAAUAUUCAGAGCCACAAACUGAAAGCCAAGAAAUUGGCUGGAACACAACACCUUUGGUUCACCUGGACCGUACUGACUGCAGACUCUACUUCCCACACCAGAAAACUGAUAUCACUAAAUAA